AUGGAGGUACUUAAAGUAUAUGAACACGAGCAUCCACUAACGCUCGUUAAUUUGCAAGUACAUUAUGAAGAAGAAGUAGAAGAAGAAGAAGAAGAUGGUGAUGAUGAUGAUGAAGAAGAAGAAAAAGAAGAGGAGGGUGGUGAUACGAUUAUAAAAGAUGGGUUUCAAGGUGUCACAUGUGGGUGGUGUGGUGAAGAAAUCAGCAUGUACCACAAGUGCUACUACAAAUGGAUCUUCUUUCUGUGCGCCACUUGUACCAACUUCACCAUACACAAUGAUUGUGCUUUCCUACCAGAAAAAUUGUUAAUCCAAGAGAAAACAGAUGAGUAUGUGGUGGGUAUUUUAGUCAGAAUCAUUGGAUUUACAAAUGCGAUAAAUGUCUCUACUAUGCCCAUCUGGAUUGCGCAACAUCAAGAACAGAGCCAUUCAUGUCCAUCUUCUUGUCUCCUGGCCUUGGCAGAACCAACAAAAAUUAUGAAGAUGUUGACUAUCCUCAUCUUCUUCAUCUCCCGUUCCCUGAUGAAACAUACAGCCUACCAAAACACUUGUUCUUCCAACAAAAUGAUCACAAGAUUCAGAUUCAGGGGGUUUGCAAUAACUUUGCUCUCCAUGAGUGGUGCACUCGACACCCCCCAAUAA